GCUUUUGCUCAGGCAGCCGGUGAUUACGGUGCCCGGCUCGAUUUUACAUCGCCCGUCUUUCCUGGUCGUCGAGAGGAGUGGCUGCCCAUCCCGCUGGCUUUCUGGCAGCGCCAUGGCAGAGCUGGAGAGCCUGGAGUUCGGCAAAGCAGAUUUCGUACUUCUCGACACCGUGUCUAUGCCGGAGUUCAUGGCCAAUCUCCGAUUGAGGUUUGAAAAGGGACGGAUCUACACAUUUAUUGGGGAAGUAGUUGUUUCUGUAAAUCCUUACAAGAAUUUGAACAUUUAUGGCCGUGAUACAGUUGAGCAAUACAAAGGGCGUGAGUUGUAUGAGAGGCCACCUCAUCUCUUUGCCAUCGCAGAUGCGGCAUAUAAAGCCAUGAAGAGGCGAUCAAAGGACACAUGCAUUGUAAUAUCAGGGGAAAGCGGAGCAGGUAAAACAGAAGCAAGUAAAUACAUUAUGCAGUACAUAGCUGCCAUUACCAAUGCAAGUCAGAGAGCUGAAGUUGAAAGGGUGAAGAACAUGCUGCUGAAAUCCAACUGUGUUCUGGAAGCUUUUGGCAAUGCGAAAACUAACCGUAAUGACAACUCCAGCCGCUUUGGAAAAUAUAUGGAUAUCAAUUUUGAUUUCAAAGGAGACCCCAUAGGUGGACAUAUCAAUAAUUACUUGCUGGAAAAGUCCCGGGUGAUUGUGCAGCAACUAGGAGAGAGAAACUUUCACUCCUUCUACCAGCUUCUUCAAGGAGGCUCUGAGCAGCUUCUGCGAUCUUUGAAUCUACAUAAAGAUUUAUCUGCAUAUAGCUAUAUUAGUGCUGGAACACAACCAAAGUGUGCCAUUAAUGACAGUGCAGAUUUCAAAGCUGUUGCUGAUGCAAUGAAAGUGAUUGGGUUUGGACCAGAAGAGGUUCAAACGGUGUACAAAAUCCUUGCUACCAUUCUGCAUUUGGGCAACUUGAAAUUUUCUGUGGAUGGUGAAACACCAGUGAUUGAAAAUGGCAAGCUACUAUCUGUCAUUGCAGAUCUGCUCUCAACUAAAGCUGAUAUGGUAGAGAAGGCUCUGCUUUUUCGAACUGUAGCUACUGGUCGUGAUAUCAUUGAUAAGCAACACACAGAGCAAGAAGCCACUUACGCCAAAAAUGCAUUUGCAAAGGCAAUAUAUGAGCGCCUUUUCUGCUGGAUUGUGAUGCAUAUCAAUGAUGGGAUUGCAGUGAAAGAUUACAACAGCACUGUUCACGGCAAAAACACAGUGAUUGGAGUUCUUGAUAUCUAUGGCUUUGAGAUCUUUGACAAUAACAGUUUUGAACAAUUCUGCAUUAACUACUGCAAUGAGAAGUUGCAACAGCUCUUCAUACAACUUGUUUUGAAGCAAGAACAGGAAGAAUAUCAGCGAGAGGGGAUUCCUUGGAAGCAUAUUGACUACUUCAACAACCAGAUUAUUGUUGAUCUUGUGGAGCUGCAACACAAGGGAAUCAUAGCCAAUUUGGAUGAUGCGUGCAUGAAUGUUGGAAAAGUCACAGAUGAAAUAUUCCUGGAGGCUCUUAAUAAGAAGUUGGGCAAGCAUGCUCACUUUUCCAGCAGAAAGCUUUGUGCUACAGAUAAAAACCUGGAAUUUGAUAGAGACUUUCGGAUUAAGCAUUAUGCUGGAGAUGUUAUUUAUUCGGUCACAGGAUUCAUUGAUAAAAAUAAGGACACUUUAUUUCAAGACUUCAAGCGUUUGAUGUAUAACAGUUCCAACCCUGUGCUGAAAAGGAUGUGGCCGGAAGGCAAACUGAGUAUAACAGAAGUGACCAAGCGGCCACUGACUGCUGCUACACUUUUUAAGAACUCAAUGAUUGCCUUAGUGGACAACUUGGCAUCCAAGGAGCCAUACUAUGUCCGCUGCAUUAAACCCAAUGACAAGAAGUCACCACAGCUGUUUGAUGAAGAACGAUGCAAGCAUCAAGUUGAAUAUCUUGGACUUCUGGAAAAUGUAAGAGUACGACGGGCAGGAUAUGCCUAUCGCCAAACGUAUGAAAAAUUUCUUCACAGGUACAAAAUAAUUCCUGAAUUUACUUGGCCAAAUCACAAACUACCAUCCGACAAGGAGGCUGUGAAGAAAUUGAUUGAGCACUGUGGGUUUCAAGAUGAUGUGGCAUAUGGAAAGACGAAGAUUUUUAUUCGCACACCACGAACACUCUUCACGUUGGAAGAAAUGCAUGCCAAGAUGCUUGAAUGGGUGGUUCUCUUUCUACAAAAGGUUUGGAGAGGUACAUUAGCUCGACUCCAAUACAAGAGGACCCGAGCUGCCCUCAAGAUUUUAAAAUGUUACCGUCGAUACAAAGUAAAGUCUUACAUCUGUGAGGUUGCCCGGCGAUUUCAAAAUGUGAAGUCUAUGAAAGAUUAUGGGAAGCAUGUGAAGUGGCCUAAUCCUCCAAAAGUUUUGCGACGGUUUGAAGAAGCUCUACAUGCAAUCUAUUACAGAUGGAGAGCACAUGAACUAAUCAAAAAUAUCCCACCCAAAGAUUUGCCACAAAUCAAGGGAAAAGUGGCAGCAUUGGAGUUGCUUAAGGGCCAUCGAGGGGAUAUUGGAUUGCAAAGGGUCUGGCAGGGUAACUACCUUGCAUUGAAUCCUGGUAAUUCUCAGGCUGCGGGUUCAUUCACCUCUGUUACUUCUGAGUUGCAGCGCAAGGACAAGUUCAUGAGAAUUCUUUUCUCUUCUCAAGUUCGUAAGGUAAACCGCUUCAAUAAAGUAGAAGAUCGAGCAAUUUUUAUAACUGACAGACAUCUUUAUAAGAUGGACCCCAUAAAGCACUACAAAGUGAUGAAAACUAUCCCACUGUAUAAUCUAACAGGACUGAGUGUCUCUAAUGGAAAGGAUCAGCUUGUGGUUUUCCAUACAAAAGACAACAAAGAUCUAAUUGUCUGCCUUGUCAGUAUGCAUUCACUUAAUGAGAACAGAAUUGGGGAGCUGGUUGGAGUCGUGGCAAAUCACUUCAAAAGUGAAAACCGUCGCCUGCAAGUAAACAUCACCAACCCUGUCCAGUGCAGCAUGCAUGGGCGAAAAUGCAGCAUCUCAGUGAAAACCAAAAUCAACCAAUCAGAACCAAACUUCAUCAAGGAUCGGACAGGUUUCAUCCUCUGGGUAUCUGAGAAUUAAUUUUACUCUAUCACUAAGCAUCCUUUCACAAUCUACUGAUGCUUUCAAUCUUAGUGCCUUGAGUUUUAUGGGGGAAAGGAUAUGAAAGUGUUGAUCUGUGACAUACAUCUAGACAUUGUUAAUGAAUUGAGAAUUUGAAAUGCUUCCUCCAUUAAGCCAACUAUGAUUUUAAAUUAUUGUAUGAUCCAUUGUGUACCAAAGUGGCUUUUAUUAAUGAAUUCUCCAGAUAUAUAAAAUUAUUGUAGAGCUAAUAGUUGAGAUUGCAAUGGAAGGAACCAAAAGUCUGUAUGAGAAUAAACAGAAGGACCCACUUUGGAUUUUACAAAUACCAAAUCUUAAUUUAUAAAUGGGAGAUAUUUGGGGGAAAGAGAUUUUCCCUCUCUCCCCCCCCCCCCCCUCCCCCCAUCGCCCCCAAACUCAUUUCAUAUGUUGUAGUGGGGAAAAUAGGAGAAGGGUUGAGAUAUGUUCACUGCCUUAUUUAUAAAAAUAACAAAGGUGGGAUACAAAUCUUUAAAAAUGUUUCUCAUCCCCCUUUCCUUUCAAUAUUCAGCUUGGCUCAGAUUCUCCUUCAUGAUUGAUUGUCAGAUGCUACUCCUAUUGCAAACAUUGGAGUCCAACGCUUGGGCCAAUAUAUAAUGUGCUUUCUUUGAGCAGCUGGCAUUAUUCUGGCCAGCUUAGACUUGUAGUUGCCUUUUGUUGCUUAUACAGCCCUCUGCUGAGGUGUAGUUAUAGCCUUGUUAACAGGGCUUUGUUUCUUCUUGUGCCAAAAGAAACAUGUCUUAUUUUACAUUGAUGGAGAGCACUUCCAGCAUCUUAAAACAAGGGAGGAGAUUGCUAUUUUAGACCGUUUAAAGGUAAAUAAUUGUAAACCUGACACUGCUGGACAGGUUAGGACUUAAAUAAUUAUAACUGCACACAGCCUAAGAAUAAAGCAAUGAUGGUAGAGCUAAUUGCUUCAGUAUGCCUGCUUUUGUUUUAAGUGUGUGAAGGCAGCACUUACCAUUUCUGUGAGCUGGGGCACAAAAUGGCAAACAAAUGUUGCUUAACUAGCUAGCUAGAAGUCCUACUUGCUUCUGAGUCAUUCUUUAAUAUGGCUUAUUUCCUAAGUAGGAUUAUCUGCCUCUGCCCAAGAUGAGUUAUUGCUUUUCUUUUCAAAUUAGCUUUUCAAUGAAAAGGAUUGCUAUCUCUACUCCUUUCUUUUCCCUUUCUUUUCCUAUUCAUUAGCUUAAUCUUCUAGUAUCUCCAAGUGCUCUUAAAAGGGCUUCUUCAAUCAAGUGCCUUCCAGGUAGGGAAUCUCAUUCUAAACCCCCUGAUUCCCAGCCAGAAACCAUCUGACUGUAAUUUAGGUGAAAUGAAAUGCAAUGCAGAUGGAACUUACAAGCAGAAUAGGAGUUGCCCUGGAAGAUCAAUGUAACUGUAGAAAUCUCUUCAUGUGUUUUCUUCUUCGUUUCCCCAAAUGCCAGCACAUCCAUGAUGAAAAGCAAGUGGUAGAACCUAAUCCUUCAUUUCAACUGAAAAGCAAGCUAGCUUUUGAUCAGUCCAGCUACCUAAACUGAACAUUUAUGAUCCUAUCUCUACUGCCAAUAGAAAAAUUGAUUGCCUCAAAUCCCUGGUGCCUUCAAAUGUUUACUUUCAAAGCAGCCAAAUUAGCCUCAGAAGUUUUAAAAUUAGCACUUUUAUUUAAUAUUCCAAAAUAAAGACUGGAUUUGAAUGAUGACCAAAUUUAUGAAAACUGUAUGAGUUGAAAUCUUUCCAUACCAAGAUACAAAUCUAUUAAAUUGAUUAUAUAAUGUGUAAUGAAGUAUUUUGAUUUAAAUGAAUUAACAGUAUUUCUGACUUUCUUGAUUUGUGUGCAUGGUUGUGUGGGGGUCAUACAUUAUUCUGUUUGAUUUAACAAAGGUAGUUUCUCCUACCAAAACAGGAAGAGGAAAUUCCUCCUCCUCAAGGUGCUUUGCAGAGCGCCCAGUCAACAGGGGGUAUUGAGAACUGGGCAAGGGGCUCCAGAGGGAAGAAAGUCUUAAGUGUAUGAACUGCUCAUAUGAUACUGGAUUCUAUCUUAUAUGUGUAUUUCUGGGUUUUAUCUAUAAAUUAACUAUUUCUUAAUUGUAUGCCUGAUGUUUUAAGAAUGAGGUAAUCAUGUAAUUAAUACUUUAAAAUAGUUUGCACAGAAAUAUGGACACAAAUCCUAUUCAUAAUUAAGAUGUAUUUUUGUUUACAUAAUUGAAAUAAAAGGACUCUCAUUUAUACCCAA